AAGAUAAAACUGUAUAUCAAACGGACUAGGGUGGACUGUGAAGGAGUAAAGAACAGAGUGACGCAGUGGUAUUAUGUGGAAGAAGAUCUUUGCCCUGUUUAUAGGGGUCCUGGUAGGGUACUGGCUGAUCGAUGAUUUUAACCCAGAUGUACUAAAAGGAAAAAGAGUUGUUGUGACGGGGUCCUCAACAGGUAUAGGUGAACAGAUAGCGUAUCACUACGCACGUAUGGGGGCCGACGUACUCGUAACGGCACGGAGAGAGAAUAUACUCAAACAGGUCGUGGCUCGCUGUAAAGAACUUGGUGCACAGGACGGCAAAUAUUUCUACAAAGCAGCGGAUAUGGUCAAUAUGUCAGCAACAAAAGAAGUUAUACAGGAGGCGUACAACAGACUUGGAGGUAUUGACAUACUGGUCCUGAACCAUAUACUGCCUAUCCCUCUAGGUAUGUGGGACGGGUCCCCUCAGAACCUGACCCUGACAGAUAAAGUAGUGGACGUCAACUUCAAGGCUUAUGUUCACCUCACCUCUCACGCACUACCUCAUCUCGUGGCUUCUAACGGCAGCCUCAUAGUGGUGUCUUCACUGGCAGGGAAGAUAGGACAACCCUUCACUGCCGUCUACUCUGCUACUAAAUUUGCUCUGGACGGAUUUUUUGGUGCCCUGCGACAGGAAUUUAAACUCAAGGGAUGUGAGGUCUCCAUCACCCUGUGUGUUAUAGGACUUGUUGGUACAGAGAAUGCAAUUCGUGGUCUCCGAGAUUAUGGUCAACACUUCCUUCUGGCUAAGUUACCAGCGGAAACGCCAAGCGACACCGCCCUGGCGAUAAUCAAAGGUGGUGCCAGGAGACAGAGAGAGAUCUACCACCCUUACAUCAGUAUCAGGGUCAUGACCUUUCUACGUGAUUGGAUACCAAACAUUGUAGAGUAUAUAAAUAGAUCUAUGUUUACCGUGCCGCCGUAAGACAUGGGUAAACUUAGGAAAUAAUGAAUAGGAUUGAGUGGAACAAGAGGGAGGGUGUAAAGUCAGGACCUGAAGUCAAGAAAGGAAUAAAAUGGCAGCAGAUUGUGAUUUCUGUAAAGCUGAAAAGCUGGGAUGGCAAAAACUCAGAUGAUGAAGAAGAAAAUAGAAUAAAUAUAUAGUAAGGUGUUAGACAAAUUGUAGUCAGAGCUGGAGGCUUAAGAAGACUCAAAAGCGCGAAAAUGAAAAUACAAGGAGGAUCAGAGAGGUGUGUGUGAAAUAGUGUGUUUGUAUUUAUUUUCAUUUUGUGUGAAUGGGUGAUAACAUGGAUAUUAUGAAGAGAUUGGUGAAUUGUAAGUUAUAAUUUGUAAUAUAGGCAUUUUUUCUUGGUAAACUUUUUAGAAAGUAAAAAUUAUUUCAUUUAAAAUACUGUUUAUCAAUAAAUAUUAAUGGGAACUUCAUCUUCACAAAAUUACACGAAAAAGUGUGCUUGUGGAAAUUUAAUAUUUGCAUAUAAUAAUGUAUUAAUUGUUAUUUCUAAAGAUCUUAAAGAGCAAAAGCCAAAAUUUGCUAAAAUAAUUUUUUGCUCAGAAAGAGUCAAUGACUGUAUUUAUCUUGUGAAAAUAAGAUGUGGUGAAAAUAUAUUGACUUACAGCUAGUAGAUUCAUUGUUCAAUGAGCAAGGAAUUUAGAGGUGACAACUUUUGUAAUAAACAGUAGUGGAAGAAUUAGCCAUUGUUUGAAUUACCUCUCUUGUCAAAACAUUUUUUUUCACAUAGAAAUACUUCUAUCAAUAAUUUGUGCAUAAUGAGUUUUUUCACAGCAAGAGUUACUUCUCAUUGACUUUGUAAAGGUAUUCAAAUUUAUUUUUAUUGCUAGAGAGUUCAGGAAAAGAAAUAAGUUUGAAAUAACAUAUUUUUUUUUCUUUUUAAACAUAAAUGGCCAGAUGAGCAAACCUAUUUUAAUAAUAUAAAGAGAGAGAGAAACUCCAUUUAUGGCAUAAUAUUACAAUACAUGAAUGCAAACUAAUAGGAAAUGAAAUCAGGUUGAACAUGGCAUUAUCGUUAAAAAAAAUUAAAUGGUCAAAUGGA